AUGUCUUCAACCCGUCGUGUCGCAAUCGUCACAGGAUCCUCCCGGGGUAUCGGCCGCGCCAUUGCCCUCCGCCUCGCUAAGGACGGCCACGACAUCGUCGUCAACUACCAAUCCAACGCCGCCAAGGCCCAAGAAGCCGUCAACGACAUCCUCGCCCUCAACCAACCCGGACUCCGCGCUAUCGCCAUCCAGGGCGACGUCGGGAUCCUGGCCGACGGAAAACGUAUCGUCGAUGAAACCCUCCAGCAUUUUGGCCGGAUUGAUACCGUCGUCUUUAACGCAGCCUGGAUCGUCUACCAGUCCAUCGAAGAUCUUACAGAGGAGUCGUACGAGGAAGCCUUUAGGACCAACGUCAAGGCGCCCAUGUUCUUUACGAAACAGGUUAUCCCCCACUUGAAGGCUGGAAGCAAGUUGAUUUACUUGUCGACCAGUUUGACGACUGCGACGACGGUGCCUCCGAAUUACUUUCUGUACACGGCGACCAAGGGGGCGAUUGAGCAGAUGGUCAGAACGUUGUCGAAGGAUUUGGGGAGGAGAGGGAUUAAUGUGAAUGCGGUUAGUCCAGGACCGACAGAUACGGAUGGGUUCCGGUCUGGAAAGACGGAGGAGCAGAUCAAGUUGUUUACACAGAGCAACCCAUUUGGACGUCUGGGCCAGCCGGAGGAUAUUGCGGGAGCGGUGUCGUUUAUUGCGAGUGAGAGCGCCGGGUGGGUUAAUGGACAGGUCUUGCGUGUCAAUGGAGGAUUCGCUGUCUGA